GUUGCCGUAUUGAUUCUGAGCCAGUUUGCGAGAACUAUUGUAGUAUUUUUGUCGCAAAUAUGUUCAAACUAAGCGUUUUAUUUUGUGUUUUAGUUCUGUUGGUAAAAAUCGAUGCCGCGUAUGUGAAGCGAGAUGUGGAGUCAACAACCCAGAGCCAAAUACUGGCAUCAUUCCAGAAGAACAUGGACAUGUUUAGAAAAUGCCUGGACCACACCCUGGCCAGUUCUGUGAAUGAUAUCAACGUGAACCAACUGCAGCCUGUCUUGUCGGUGAUCGGAGAUUCUGUUAACAGAUUCUCUAAAGCUUUUGAAGAUUUAACAGCGAAGUCAACGACAACGGAGGCGUGGCGAUAGUUUAAGUGAUUAAUUUUUGUAAAUAUUUUAUUAAAACAAUUAAGUUUGUAAGGUCAGCGGGCUUAUUAAAAAGUUAUAUAAAGUUAGCGGGUCUUUUUCCGUCUACGAGGUUGGAACCCUCUUUUUGCAAUUACGGUCUAAGCAAAGGAUAGCCAUGUUAGCCGUAUAGGUACGAGUAAAAAAAAUCCGUAUUUCCAUAUAUGUUCAUGUAUCUGUAUCAAAGUUGCAGUGGUGAAUGGUGAAAUUCUCCAAAAGGGAACUCGACACAACAUAUACGUACUAACACUAACAUAAAGUACAGUAAAAUUUUUGUUCCUUAAUUUUAUGAUAGUUAACGUUACUUAUUUUAUAUUUUAUAAUUGUUUUUUCCAACAUAUGUAUGCCGUAGCAACUAAAGGUAAUGCAUUUAAAAUAUUGGUAGUAAUUUGUAAGGUUCAAUUGAUUGAAUGUAAUUACCACUGUUUGUCCUUAAAAUAAAUAAGCAUGUAUGCGGUCAGCAAAUCGCUCUAAUGUUAUUUUACAUUAAUUAUGAAA